AAAAAAAAAUAAACAGCUCCGACCAGUCUGUGUUCUCUUUUGUCUUCCGUGUUAUAAAACCUCUCUCUCUCCUGUCUCUCUCCUCACAAAACAUAUUCUCUCCUUUCUUUUCUUGAAUUUCUAAAAAGAAUCAGAGAUGGCUCAAGAAGAGGCACAGAAGUCCGCUGAUGUUGUCGCCGUCGCUACCACCGAUAAGGAGGUGACUGUUCCUGCUCCAGUGCCAGAGAAGGAGGUGAUUGCUCCGGUUGCCUCGGAGGAGAAGGCCGUCCCGGAGAAGGAGGAGAAGGAGACCUCGGAGGCGGAGAAAUCUGUUCCAGUGAAGGAAGAAGAGACAGUUGUAACUGAGAAAGUGAUUGCUCCGUCGCCUGAGGAGCUUGAGAAGAAGGCACUUGAGGAGUUCAAGGAGCUCGUUAGGGAGGCUCUGAACAAACGGCAAUUCACUCCUCCCGCGCCGCCGGUGAAGGAAGAGAAAACAGAGGAGAAGAAAUCGGCGGAGGAAACUAAAGGAGAAGAGAAAACAGAGGAAAAGAAGGAAGAAGAGAAACCAGAAGAAGCCGUCAAGGUCGAGGAGAAAUCAUCUGAUGACGUGGCUCCGGAAGAGACCAAGCCGGAGGAGAAAUCUGAAGUGGCGGCUCCCGCUGAGACCAAAUCAGAGGAGAAAGAAGUUGUGCCAGCCACCGUGACCACCACCGAGAAAGCCUCUGGUGCUGAAGAAGACGGAACCAAGACCGUGGAAGCAAUCGAAGAGUCCAUCGUCUCCGUCACUCCUCCAGAAUCCUCCGCUGCGCCGGUUGUCGUAGAGACAGAGACAGCCGUCGCCCCAGAGCCAGAGCCUGUGGAGCCGGAAGAAGUCUCGAUCUACGGAGUUCCUCUCCUCCAAGACGAAAGAUCUGACACAAUCCUCCUCAAGUUCCUCCGUGCGAGAGACUUCAAGGUCAAGGAAGCCUUAACCAUGCUUAAAAACACCGUCCAAUGGCGCAAGGAGAACAAAAUCGACGAGCUGGUCGAGGCCGAGGCCGGAGAAGAAGCCAGCGAGUUCGAGAAGAUGGUGUUCGCUCACGGCGUCGACAAGGAAGGUCACGUCGUGAUCUACAGCUCCUACGGAGAGUUCCAGAACAAGGAGCUUUUCUCCGACAAGGAGAAGCUUAACAAGUUCCUCAACUGGAGGAUUCAGCUACAAGAGAAGUGUGUGAGAGCUCUUGACUUCAGCUGCCCUGAUGCCAAGUCUUCGUUCGUGUUCGUCAGCGACUUCAGGAACGCUCCUGGACUCGGCAAGAGAGCCUUGUGGCAGUUCAUCAGGCGUGCAGUCAAACAAUUCGAGGACAAUUAUCCAGAGUUCGCCACUAGAGAGUUGUUCAUCAAUGUUCCAUGGUGGUACAUUCCUUACUACAAAACAUUCGGAUCUAUCAUCACAUCGCCAAGGACUAGAAGCAAGAUGGUACUUGCUGGUCCAUCCAAAUCUGCCGAUACCAUUUUCAAAUACAUAGCUCCAGAACAAGUCCCGGUUAAAUAUGGCGGACUUAGCAACGAAAUUGGUGGAGACUCUGUAACCGAAGCCAUUGUUAAACCAGCAGCCAAAUACACCAUCGAAUUGCCUGCUUCUGAGGCUUGCGCGCUCUCAUGGGAGCUUAGGGUUUUGGGUGCAGAUGUGACUUAUGGAGCUCAGUUUGAGCCGACCACAGAGGGAAGCUAUGAUGUGAUCGUCUCUAAGAACCGAAAGAUUGGAUUAACUGACGAACCGGUCAUAACUGGUUCUUUUAAGGUUGGUGAACCGGGAAAGAUUGUGAUCACAAUCGAUAACCAGACUUCCAAGAAAAAGAAAGUGCUCUACCGGUUCAAAACUCAACCAAGGUCCGAUCUUUGAAACGGGAACAAAUCUUUUAAUUUAUUUGAUUUACUUUGUUGUUUAAUAUGUAAUUUUGAAUUAUCAUAAGGUGGUUUUGUGUUUUGCUUUGUUUAUUGGGGAUGUGUGUGUGUGGAGAACAUGUGAUAUAUAUAUAUAAAAGAAAAAAAAACACUUUUUCUUCAUUUUACCUUUUACUUUUUUUUUUUACUGUAAUUUGUGUAAAUCUUAAUGUAUUCAUUGUUUAUA